AUGAAUCAUCUCACUGUUCCCGACAGUCCACAGCAUCGUCGACGUGAAAUUGACGUGCCACGGAUGUGGAACGAACUUCGCAAGAGGAGCAUCAGCGAGUUGAGCCUCGUGUUUGACAUGUUCCGCGGCCCAAGUCCGUCUUCCAGUCAGAGCCUUCAUCCGGAACGAGAUAGAGCAUGCCAGUCCACGGGCAACCUUCCAACUUCACCGAAAGGACGCCGCAGGAGGCGCAUGCAGCGAACAUGGAAAGCUCUAUCUGCUGCUAACAUUGCUCGACAGUAUGUUAUUGUUCAAGAAGAGAAGGCGAUGCAAGCCGUGCCGACGGCGCCCAUCGACGCUUCGAAGUUCGUCGCUUACGUGACCGAACGGAGGAAAAAGCGAAUACUUUUCAAAGGAGAGUAUCUGAUGAUAAAUCGAUCGAUAAACACCAGCAAAUGUCGGAGCGAUGUGGGGAGCACGUUGAGCGACAGAAAUCCAUAUCCCGACACACUGCCCUACGACUACAAUCGUGUUAUCUUGCCUCGACUGCCAUGCGACGAGAACUCACAUUACGUGAACGCCAGCUAUGUCAAUAGUUGGUUACGUGAAAAAGCGUACGUAGUGACGCAAGCGGUGCGCACCAAGCCGAUGAACGUCGAGUUCUGGAGGAUGGUGUGGGAACUGGGCUCGAAUUGCAUUGUUAUGCUCACCAAAGUGUUCGAUUUCAUGCGGGUAAUGUGCCUCCAAUAUUGGCCGUUAACACGGUUUCUUUUUGGGGACAUCGAGGUGGAGACAAUCGACACUCACACCUACGCACACUUUGUGAUUCGAACAUUCCGAUUAACGCGGAAGAUCAACCAGGACGAUCCUGAGUCGAGGAUCGUGAAGCAUUUUCACUUCACAGAGUGGGAGUUGGACUCUUUCCCUUACAUUUCUGCCUUCAUCGAACUGCGUCGGAGAGUGCGGCAGUUUACGGAGAAAAACCCCGUUGACGCUCCGGUUAUCGUCCAUUGCAGCAACGGAGCUGGCAGAAGUGGAGCAUUUCUCGCGUUGGACGCAAAUUUAGAGCUGAUGAAGAAGACCGGACAGCUCGAUGUGUACGAGUAUGCGAAGACGCUCGUGAACUCCCGCCCUCACCUAAUUGACUCUGUCGAUCAGUAUCAGUUCAUCUAUGAAGCUCUUGCUGAGGCUGUGAUGUGCAACGUACAGCCUAUUCAAAUGCACCAACUGAAGGAUAGAAGUAGUAUGUACAAGGCAAAGAAGAACAGAGAACUGAUGGAAAGCCAGGACAAUCAUGAAAAUAAGUUAUUGUUGAAUCUAACGCAUCCUCUUCGAAUCGGCGACUGUGCAGGAGGUCAUCGCCUGGAGAAUAGAGGGAAAAAUCGGGACGUAAUGGUGGUUCCACCUGAUCAUGCUCGGCCUUACCUCCAAACACUGCACGGUGAAAGCAAGGACUACACUUACAUUAAUGCAGUAGAGGUUGAUGGAUUCACCCGAAAAGCGGAGUUCAUAGUGACAGAAUGGCCCAAACACAGUACGAUCGACUCAUUCUGGACACUGAUAUACGACCACUCGUGUCAUACAGUAGUCAAUCUGAGCAACCAAGGAAACCCACGGCAUUACCCAACAUUUAUCCACAACAAAGGAAAGGCCAGCUAUGGUCCUUUUAUUGUUGAAGUUCUCAAUUACCAUCAAUACCCAGCAAUGACGUCACACAUGGUGAAAGUGAUGAAGAGGAAAGGAGCCGCUGACAUUAAGCGACUUCUGAAUAUCCGACGAGAAAAGAACGACCUGCAGAAGGAAACUACGAAGCAGAUACAGAAGCUGACUUUUAUGAUCUCCGACAUCAUGUCAAGUGGAUCCAGCAACCAGCAAAUCGACACGGAAGUACGGGUAUGCUGCGUUAUACAGGUGAGGAUGUGGCCCAUAGAAAACAAGGUACCGCUGUCAACAACGGGCCUGAUGGAUGUGAUUAAAAUGGCUCGAAGUUGGAGAAGAAGGGCACCAGAUCGCCCAGAAACAAAACCAACGAUAGUCAUGUCUCACAAUGGUGUCUCACGUGUUGGAGUAUAUAUCGGAGCAAAUAUAUGUAUAGAUCAAAUGGAUACAGAUCAUGAAGUGGACGUCUUCCAUGCGGUAAAGAUGAUGCGAAUAAACCGGCCUCAGCUCAUAGACAUGAAAGACGAGUACAAAUAUCUGUAUGACGUGAUGCUUCAUUGGUACAUGACGAAUCCUGAGUAUCGAAUAUACGACAAGGAGGAUACUGUUGAAGAGGACGGAUCGCGGCCUUCUUCAGUUCGGCAGUCCCUUCGAGACAAGGACCGCUGGCUGCGAGGCCAAAAUUCGGUGCGCAAAGAGCCUCGAAAAAGCGCAGACAAUAACUAG